UUAGAGUCUCAGAGGUGAUCUUGGUUGAAUAUUCAGGAUGUGUGACCGGAACGGUGGCCGGCGGCUUCGGCAGUGGCUGAUCGAGCAAAUCGACAGCAACAUGUACCCAGGGCUGAUUUGGGAAAGUGACGAGAAGAGCAUGUUCCGGAUCCCGUGGAAGCAUGCAGGCAAACAAGACUAUAAUCAGGAAGUGGAUGCCUCCAUUUUCAAGGCCUGGGCAGUGUUUAAAGGGAAAUUUAAGGAAGGAGACAAGGCCGAGCCAGCCACUUGGAAGACAAGGCUACGCUGUGCCUUGAACAAGAGCCCCGAUUUUGAGGAAGUGACAGACCGGUCCCAGCUGGACAUUUCAGAGCCGUACAAAGUUUACCGCAUCGUCCCCGAGGAAGAGCAGAAAUGCAAAUUAGGCAUGGCGACUCCCGGCUGCGUGAGCGACCUCACGGAGAUGGAGUGCGGGCGCUCGGAGAUCGACGAGCUCAUGAAGGAGCCUUCCGUGGACGACUACAUGGGGGCGGUGAAAAGGAGCCCGUCCCCGCCCGAGGCCUGCAGGGGCCAGCUUCUCCCAGACUGGUGGAUCCAGCAACCGAGCGCAGGACUGCCACUGGUGACGGGCUACACCGCCUACGACGCGCACCACUCAGCCUUCUCCCAGAUGGUCAUCAGCUUCUACUACGGGGGCAAGCUGGCGGGCCAGACCACCACCACCUGCCCCGAGGGCUGCCGCCUGGCGCUGAGCCCGCCGGGCCCGCCGGGCGCCAAGCUGUACGGGCCCGAGGGCCUGGAGCUGGUGCGCUUCCCGCCGGCCGACGCCAUCCCCAGCGAGCGGCAGCGGCAGGUGACGCGGAAGCUGUUCGGGCACCUGGAGCGCGGCGUCCUGCUGCACAGCAGCCGGCAGGGUGUGCUCGUCAAGCGGCUGUGCCAGGGCCGCGUCUUCUGCAGCGGCAACGCCGUCCUGUGCAAGGACCGGCCCAACAAGCUAGAGCGCGACGAGGUGGUCAAGGUCUUCGACACCAGCCAGUUCUUCCGAGAGCUGCAGCAAUUCUACAACAACCAGAGCCGCCUUCCCGACGGCCGGGUGGUGCUGUGCUUCGGAGAAGAGUUUCCGGAUAUGACUCCCUUGCGCUCCAAGCUCAUUCUCGUGCAGAUCGAGCAGCUGUACGUCCAGCAGCUGGUGGAGGAAGCCAGGAAGAGCUGCGGCUCCGGCUCCAUGGUGCAGCCUCCCGAGGAGCCCCAGCCAGACCAGGUCUUCCGGAUGUUUCCGGACAUCUGUGCCUCACACCAGAGACCUUUUUUCAGAGAAAACCAGCAGAUCACGGUUUAAGUCGCUCGCGCGGGCGCCCCAUCCUGCCCCCGUCUCGCGUCUCGUUAUUACAAUUACUGUCGUAAUUACUGAAGGAUGUGGGUCCCUCUGACCUGGGGGGGGGGCGGGGGGACGCUUCACCUGCUCUUCGUUUAGUAAGGGCUCUCCGCGGGGACUUGACCUUCAAAACGGAGUCGGGUCGCACUUCUCCCGAGCAGGGAGAAAUGUAGGCACGUGCCCCAAACGAUCCAGAUGCUGUAACUCUAACCAGUGAUUAAAACCUGUAUGUAUCCCUUG